AUGCUGAGUUUGUGGCGUCUGUGCUGGUCCGGGAGAGCAAGGACAGCCCUGUGGGUGACGAUGACAAAAUCUACUACUUCUUCACGGAGCGGGCGGGCGAGGAAACCACGUCCUUCUUUGACAAGAGCCAGGUGGCCCGAGUGGCCCGGGUGGCCCGUGUCUGCAAGAGCGACUUAGGGGGGAAGAAGAUCCUGCAGCGCAAGUGGACAUCCUUCAUGAAGGCACGCCUGGUCUGCUACAUCCCCUACUAUGAGGUGCUGCGCAGCGUCUGCAGCCUGGACGGGGGCGGCUGGGCCAGCGGCCCCUACAUGGAGUACCAGGAUUCGGCUCGCAAGUGGUCCCGCUAUGACGGUGCGGUGCCCGAGCCCCGGCCCGGCUCUUGCAUCACGGACCACUCCCGCAGGAAGGGCUACAACUCCUCGCAGGACCUGCCUAACAGUGUCCUGGACUUUGUCAAGUUGCACCCGCUCAUGUUUGAGGAGGUGAAGCCAGCUGGCGGGGAGCCACUGCUGGUGAAGAAGAGCGUAGCGUACAGCUGCCUGGCCGUGGACAGGGUGCGCGCCCUCGAUGGCCGCUCCUAUGAUGUGCUCUUCAUGGGGACAGGGAAUGGCUGGAUCCACAAGGCUGUGGUGGUGGGAUCUGGCAUCCACAUUGUGGAGGAGGUGCAAGUGUUCAGGAACCCGCAGCCCGUGGAGAGCCUGGUGAUCUCCCACACCCAGAGGAGCCUGUACGUGGGGGCAGCCAGCGGGAUCGUGCAGGUGCCCCUGGCCUCCUGUGCCCAGUACGCCUCCUGUUACGACUGUGUCCUCGCCCGGGACCCUUACUGCGCCUGGGACGGCAGGGCCUGUCGCGCCAUCGCCACCGUGGACAGCACAGGACUGGUGCAGGAUAUUCAGAGUGGCAACGAGGGAUGUCGGAGCAUCUCUGGGCGUGUGUGUGUCCCUGCAGGCUCCCUGCUGUGGAAAAACCGGACAGUGUUGCAAGGGGACGAUGU